UAUACUUUGGGUUGUGCGGAUUUUUUGAACAAAGGGUGUGAGGACAAAAGGUGUUAUUUGCUAUUCUCUCAUCUUCUUCGUUGCCUUCAAUCCUCUGUCGGGCACCUCAUCAGAGUAACCCGAAUUCGUUUACCCACUAUUUGGAGAUAUGAAAGUACACCAUCAAUUUCUGAUAAUUCAAAAAUUACCACGGUUUGCUAGUGAUGGCCUUGCAAGUAAUUUUUAUGCAGUGUUCUUUCUCGUUAUGUGUUUUUUACACGGCAUGCCAAAGAAUGAAUUACGAACCAAAGCGAGUAUUACGAAUGAACUUUGUCGUAACGCAAACGAGCCACUGUGGAGGGAACCACGCAGGGGCCAGAAGGAAUACCAAUGCAGUCUUUGGAGGGGUACCGCAACGAUACGGUCUAGUGGGGGAAGUCGAGACGGAAGUAUCGUUCAAUGAAACUGUGCGACCGUCGGACCAGUACUGUCCUGUGUUUCGUGUUCGUCUAGUAUCUGUUCUAAUUCUUGUACGGCCUUUCGUCGUGAACCAGCGGGAACACAACAAGCCUCCAGUCUGCAUUGCCAUGGCCAAGGAUCCACCGCCCACUCUCCCCAAGUACUACACCCCUUCUUAUCGCCUGUCAAAUAACAGACGAUAUGAAUCACCUGCACAUCUUGACUCACUACCAUCAAAACGUGAAUUGUUUUUCAAGAAUGAACUCCCUGCAUCUGGAGUUCCAGAGGCGACUGCUACGCCUACCCCUCCUCCGACGUUAUCAAAAGAAAAUUUCACCAAACGCCAAAACGAUAGGGGUGAUCCUCCUGAUCCAGUCGACAGGUUUAGCAGUAAGGUUGACAGGGACAGGACACUUCCGGAGAAGAAAACGAAGGAAUUGGAUGGAUAUGUCGGGUUUGCAAAUUUGCCCAACCAAGUGUACAGAAAAGCUGUAAAGAAGGGUUUCGAUUUCACUCUGAUGGUCGUCGGGGAAUCUGGCCUUGGGAAAUCCACUCUCAUCAACUCUAUGUUUCUUGCUGAUAUCUACAGUGCGGAUUAUCCCGGACCGUCUCAGAGAAUCAAGAAAACCGUUCAAGUAGAAACGAGUCGUACACUUCUUAAAGAAAAUACUGUCAAUCUUACACUGACAAUUGUAGAUACUCCUGGCUUCGGCGAUGCCGUCGAUAAUUCCAAUUGUUGGCAACCGAUAAUCGAUUAUAUUCAAUCAAGGUAUGAAGAAUUUCUAAAUGCAGAGUCGAGAGUAAACAGAAAAACACAGGCCUUGGAUACUCGGGUUCAUUGUUGCUUAUAUUUCAUUGCCCCAUCCGGGCAUGGUCUGAAACCUUUAGAUGUAGAAUUUAUGCAAAGAUUACAAGACAAAGUAAAUAUUAUUCCAGUGAUCGCAAAAGCCGAUACCAUGACUCCUGAAGAAUGUGCUCAUUUUAAGAAACAGAUUCUAAAUGAAUUGGCUCAACACAAAAUUAAAAUAUAUGAAUUCCCUGAUACCGAAGAAGACACCGAAGGAGGAAAGUUAAACGGUAAAAAACUAAAAGAUAGAGUUCCUAUGGCAAUUGUUGGGAGUAAUACUGUAGUCGAAGUCGAUGGGAAGAAGAUCCGAGGACGAAAAUAUCCUUGGGGUGUUGCAGAAGUUGAAAAUCUGGAACACUGUGAUUUCAUUGCAUUGAGAGACAUGUUAAUAAGAACUCAUUUACAAGAUCUCAAAGACGUUACAAAUAAUGUCCAUUACGAAAACUACCGAUGCAGGAAAUUGGCCGGCUUAGGUCAAGAUCCUAAGCAACGUGCGUCUAAUAAGAACCCUCUGGCCCAGAUGGAAGAAGAGAAACGAGAACAUGAUAUAAAGAUGAAAAAGAUGGAGACAGAAAUGGAACAAGUUUUUGAAAUGAAAGUCAAAGAGAAGAAACAAAAACUAUUGGAUUCCGAGGCAGAUCUCCAAAGACGACACGAACAGAUGAGAAAAACACUCGAGGUUCAAAUCAAAGAGUUAGAAGAUAAAAGGAAAGCUCUCGAAGCGGAAAAAUUGGCAUGGGAACAAAGCAAUGGCGUCAGCCUCGAAGAACUCAGACGAAGAAGUUUGGAGAGAGAGUGUCCUGUGAUACGAGCACGUUCAGCAACAGUAUCUAGAAGACAUUCAUUCCAGCACCGUAGUGAGUGCAAACAGCAAUAGCUUCUCUCUCCUAUGUUUGGUAGUCAUUUACCAUACUUACUUUCAGUGGAUGGCAAGGAAAAGAAGAACAAGAAGAAGGGUUUAUUUUGAACUGAAUAUUUUUAAAUGUGCCAAUUUAGCAAUCAGAGAAUUUGGUUCUUGCUCUACUAGUCUCUUAAACAAUGUACAUAAAAUUACCUUUCCAAAACUCUUUGUAUUAACUGUAUUACUUAUUUAAAAACCAAAAAAAAAAUUGGCAGAUUUUUUUAUAUAUAUAUUAUUUUUGUUUCAUAAUUGGUGAUACGCUUGUAAAGGUCCAUUUACGUUAAGUUGAUGUUAAUUUAUAACAAUUCAUUGACUACAAAAUACAAUAUAAAAUGUAUACAGUAUUUUCUAAAAUACAGAAAUUGAGAAAUUAUUUUGUAAUUAGAAAAUUUCUUAAAUAUUUUUAAUUGCAACUUGGAAUUUUAGAAUAACUGUUUUUAAGUUUAAGUUAACUUCAUAGAUAAUGUAAAUAUACAAUUUGUAGGAUCUUAGGAUAAAUAAUCAGUAUUCUAAGGUUUGGAUUAUAUUAAUAAUGAUUUAAUUGGAGACACAGAUUCUUUUUUUCACUACUUAAAAGUCAUCAGUGUUUAAAUAUAACAGUCUCAUGGGUUUCAACUUUCAACAGGAAGAUGUAGCAUUAUCUAAAUGUUUUUCCAUUUCUAAGAAAAUUACAUAUAUUUAUUUUAUGCAGAGUUUUUAAUUUUGAGUAUGUCAUCUGCAGAUUUACAUAACAAAUUUGUAGUCACUUUUUUUUUUUUUUUUUUUUUUUUUCCAUUGCCUAAGAGAUCUUGUGUUACAUUUAACCAAACUUUUGUAAUGUAUUAUUAAAAUUAAUUUUUGUUUUUAAGUGUACUUAUAUGUUGUGAUAUCUGAGUAUCACUUAUUUAUUGUGAACUGAAGAGAAAGUUUUUCUGGAUUAGUUUUAACGUAGGAAAUACGUUUGCACUAAUAAAUUGUCAAUAAUGUCAACUAAACUUUUUUCCAGACAAAAUUUAAUUUGAAUGGUACUAUUUUCUUGAUUAUCGGUAUAACGAAUGAAUUGACUAGGCAGCAAUAAAAACAAAGAAGCAACGAAUAUAAUUCACUUAAAUAAGAUUUUUUAAAUUAUAGCUUUGUUAACCUUAGUUCACUUAAAUAUGCUUUUUGUGUUUUUCUUAGUGACUAUAAAAUGGCUGUGUAAGCACAUAUCUUUUUUUAAUUAACUUCUUGUAAAUGAUUUAGUACAAUUUUGACUGCCUAGUUUGUAUUAAGAAAUUUGUCCUUUUUUUAAAUUAAUUUUGCUGUUGAUACUGUAUUGUCACUCAUUUCUUAAGAUAGACAUAUAUUAAUUUUAUUUUAAAUAUGGUUUAUUUUCACACAUCCAUUUGAUUUUUUUUCUCUUCUAAUAAUUGAACAUAAAUAGGAAAGAUAUUUUCAUUUUUAUUCAAAGUCAUUUCAUUACCACCAUUUAAAACAAUAUUUAUUUGAACACGUUCAGUUGUAAUUUGCACCUCUCGGACAACAAAUUUUUAAAAGAAUUAAUUUUCUUAUGUAUUACGGCUUGACAAUUUUCCUCCCCUGUAAAUUACAAAAUUGACCUUCCACAAAGGUAAACCUUUCAGCAUGUUAGACCACUAUUCCUCCCCUGAAGGUCAGCAGUCCAGCUGGUUAGAACACUAUUCCUCCCAUAAGGUUAGCAGUCCAACUGGUCAGAACACUGUUCCUCCCAUAAAGGUUAGCCUUUCAGCUGGUUAGAACACUAUUCCUCCCAUAAGGUUAGCAGUCCAACCGGUCAGAACACUGUUCCUCCCAUACAGGUUAGCCUUUCAGCUGGUCAGAACACUAUUCCUCCCAUAAGGUUAGCAGUCCAACUGGUCAGAACGCUGUUCCUCCCAUAAAGGUUAGCCUUUCAGCUGGUUAGAACACUAUUCCUCCCAUAAGGUUAGCAGUCCGACUGGUCAGAACACUAUUCCUCCCUUGAACCUUUCGGCUGGUUAGGACACUUUUCCUCCCAUGAAGGCCCCCCAAAUUGAGCGUGUUAAAUUAAUAUUAUUUAUACUUAAAACAAAAGUCUUCUAUUGAUGUUUAAAGUGAGUUGGAAAAUGAAAUUGACUAACUUUACCACUGUUUACUGACAUCUCGCAAUUUGGUUUUUAGAGUCUUGCUUCAGUUUUCAGUGAACAUACAAGUCUGUAUUUAUUUAUUAUUAAUAUUAUUUUGUCACAUGAAAGUUAAGUAUUAUUUUCAAAGCUUUUGGCAAAUUGCAGUUAAAUGGAAUUUUUACCAAAAUACACAUAAUUUUGACUAAUAAGGUCCACUAUGCAUUUACUAUUCAAUGUAAAAAAAAUAAAUAUAAAUAAAAAAUUUAAAAAAUACAUUCUAAGGAUAAUUAAAAAUAUUUUACAAAACUCAUUCCAUAUUGUUUUAGUGUAUGCAUGAUUUCUAUUAUAUAUAAUACAAAUAAUACCUUAAAAUCUCUCGUCCUAUAGGACUUUUUCUGUUUUUUCUCUAAGAGAAAAAUAAUAGGAUUUGUAAAUUACAAAUAGCAAUUUUUGAAAAAAAAUUUCAUGAUAUUAAUAGCAAACGUUAGAUUAUUAGAAUGUUUACAGACAUUUGUAUAUGUACAAUAUAAUAUAACAAUUUUGUUUAAAUUUUAUUUAUCCAUUAAUAUUUAUUUUAUAUUUUUGUACAUGGGGUGUAAAGAUAUAUAUAUAUAAGAGAAAACGAAAACAUUUAACUUCAACCUUUGCAUUUAUUGAAGGAUUACAUUUGUUUCAAAAUAAAUUAUUUUAUGAUUAGAAUA